AUGCGUUCCACCUCCGUCUCGGCUGCCGCCGCCCUUUCCUUGGCUCUGGGAGCCUCCGCUCAGUCCUCGGACGAGUCCUGGAUCAACAACUACAAGUUCGGCAACAUGUUCUACACCGGCCCCACCAGCGGCGGUGCCGUCAUCACCAAGGCCACCUACACCAUGGCGCCCCCGGAAAUCCCCUGCGGCUACGCCACCGGCGCCUCCGUCAACGAGGAGCUCGCCCUGUGGAUCGGCGCCCAGCCCAACCCCACCGGCAAGGAUGUCCUGACGCUGUCUUUCGUGCAGCCGCUCAUCAACUGGGCUCCCGACCAAAAGGCUACCGGUUGCGACUCCACCAACGAGAACUGGUGCAUUGCCGCCAGCUCGUACCACCCUUCCGGCCAGGUCAGCCAGACCUACCAGCCCGUGGCCCCCAACACGUCUCUGGACUUUGAGAUCGCCGUCGACGAGGCCAGCACCAACAUCACCCAGAAGGUGUGGAACGGCGGCGAGCUCAUCUCCUCGCAGUCGGACAACCCUGGCAUGAAGCUCGAGGUCUUCUACUCCGGCAACGAGUGCUACGGCGCCGACUGCGGCACCCUCCAGGGCUACAGCUGGAAGAACCUCACCGUCCACCUCGACAAGGCCGACGCGGCCUUCGGCAAGACGCUGAGCCUGACGGGCGCCAGCUCCGACGGCUUCACCACCUCCGACGGCGGCAAGACCUGGCACGCCGACGAGAUCAAGAUCAACGAGGACUACUUCUACCAGGACGGCUCCAAGACCGAGUGCUCUUCUUCGUAG